UCACUUAAGAACAGAACCUAGUUGUACAAGUGAAACACAACAUAACAUAGGGUGAGAGAACAAAACACAAAAAAACAAACAUACUCUGUUUUUCCAAAUGGACUCCCUCUCUCUCUUCUGCACCGGAGCCCUUCUCGCCGGCGGCCUUUAUUGGUUCGUCUGUGUCCUCGGCCCCGCCGAACGAAAAGGCAAACGCGCCACCGAUCUAUCCGGUGGUUCAAUCUCCGCCGAGAAAGUCCAAGACAGCUACAAACAAUACUGGUCCUUCUUCCGCCGUCCCAAAGAGAUCGAAACCGCAGAGAAAGUCCCAGAUUUCGUUGAUACCUUUUACAAUUUAGUUACAGAUAUUUACGAAUGGGGCUGGGGACAAUCCUUCCAUUUCUCACCUUCCAUCCCUGGUAAAUCCCACCGUGACGCCACGCGCCUCCAUGAAGAAAUGGCUGUGGAUCUCAUCGAGGUGAAACCCGGAAACAAAAUCCUCGACGUUGGAUGCGGUGUUGGUGGUCCCAUGAGAGCCAUCGCGUCUCACUCACGCGCUAACGUAGUCGGAAUCACGAUCAACGAGUAUCAAGUGAAAAGAGCGAAGCUACACAACAAAAAAGCGGGUCUCGAUUCUCUAUGCGACGUCGUUUGUGGUAAUUUCCUCGAGAUGCCGUUUCCCGAUAACAGUUUCGACGGCGCGUACUCAAUCGAAGCGACGUGCCACGCGCCGAAGCUUGAAGAAGUUUACGCUGAGAUUUUUAGGGUUUUGAAACCCGGUGCUCUUUACGUUUCAUAUGAAUGGGUCACAACAGAGAAAUUCGUAGCGGAAAAUUCUGAACAUGUUGAGAUUAUUCAAGGAAUUGAAAGAGGUGACGCUUUGCCUGGGCUUAGAAGCUACGCUGAUAUAGCUGAAACGGCUAAGAAAGUAGGGUUUGAGGUUGUGAAGGAACGGGAUCUGGCUCAGCCACCGGCUGAGCCGUGGUGGAGCCGGUUGAAAAUGGGUCGGCUUGCUUAUUGGCGUAACCAUGUUGUGGUAACUGUUCUGUCUGCAUUGGGAAUAGCGCCUAAAGGGACCGUUGAUGUUCAUGAGAUGCUGUUCAAGACUGCUGACUUUUUGACCAGAGGGGGUGAUACUGGAAUUUUCUCUCCUAUGCAUAUGAUUCUCUGCAGAAAACCUAAAGAAUCAGAGAAAUGAAUUUGUGGUGAUGGUGGUAAAGGUAUCUGAAAUUUAAAUGAAUGUUUUUUUUUAAUAAUUUUUAUUUUAUAUUAAGUUUAACUUACUGUUACUGUUUCUUUGAACCGGAUGUAAUUUGUUUUUUUUUUUUUCUUUUCAUUUUUGCAAUGUAGUUUUGUUUUGAUUUUCUUAUGCCUUUUGGAUUCUAUUUUAGCUUCAGUACUGGUAGUGUAUUUCGGAAUUUGAUUAGUUUAAAGUUGAAUUUUGAUUGUUA